GUUGGCACACGAUCCAACGGUUCCGCUGAAACUACAAAUCGACGUCAGCGGAAGUGUUCGAACGUACGCGAGCUAGGUCAUAUUGGUGCAGUUUUUGUAAUGUUUUGAGAAACUCUGCCACCAUGGAGUCAACAAAUACAGAGGAAAUCCCUCUAAGGCAUGUGGAGAAGGACGUCCUGAUCCCCAAGCUGAUGCGGGAGAAAGCCAAGGAGCGCUGCGUAGACCGUGUUGAAGCCUUCAGCAGCUGCUGCAAAGAGUCCGGCUUCCUAAUGGUGUUUAGGUGUCGAGAGGAAAACGCAGCCCUGAAGGAAUGCCUGACCCAACACUACCAGGAUCCUGCGUUUUUUGAAGAGUGCAAGCGAUUGUACAUUCAAGAGAAACUGGAAUUUGAGAGGACGGGGAUCCCUACCAAGAACAGGACCCAGAAACUUCCAACCAGCAUGUAAUAAUCGAAAUGAUAACCAAAUGUCUUUCUUUUGAGUGUCCAGACUCAGACUGCAUAAAAUAUGGAGGCAGUUUGGCUAAGUUAAUUGUUCAGAAAGCUACAAGAUUGUGUUAUGUGAAGAUAUUUGGAAUAGAUACAAUUUCUUUUGGUUUGUAAGUGGCUGAUAUUCAAAUUAUUCUAUUAAAUGUCCAGUCCAUGUGUAAAAUAGGCCACGGGUGUUGCAUUGUAAAGUCAUAAAAAAAAUGGCUUUAGCGUCACUCCUGAAGAAUUUCAGGGACUGCAGUCGAUGUUGCAAACUCUUAAUAUGAGGGACUUAAUUUAACUGCAUCAGUGGUAUUGGAGUUUCUGCUUUGUUGCUUUUGCCUUGUAGUCGGUACAAGAAAUGGUGUCACUUAUGUGAGAUCCGGAAAAAUAUGUGAAUGUUACAAAGCAAAACGCCUGAAACAACCCCAUGUAAUUAUAUGAUGUUGUGAUGUAUCCUCAAUACAUGAACAAAAGGUGUGUUUGCCAGAAAUAAAAAUAAAUAAAAAUAUACUAUGGCCACUGAUUGUGCUCCAAAAAAUAAUGUCAGCAGAUUUGAUGUAUUUCUAAUUUGUUUAAGAGAAAUAAAUAAGAUCUGCUUCAGAAUCUAAACAGAACAUUGUAGAAAUGUUUGGAUUUUCCACAAUUUGGGAAAAAGAAUUGACUUUAUACAGCUGCAACUAUUUGUAAAUUCAACACAUUCAGAAAGAGAAGAGAUUCCACAUAAUCGGUUUUUUUCAGUUUCAUAAAUGUUACGAUUGAAUUCAUUAAAUAUCUUUUUGUGAUUUUUAGUUGGUGCUGCAUUCUGAGCAACUUGCUUGAAGGAAACAAAGUUUGACUGAUUAUCUGCCAUUACUUUGAAAUCAAGUAUUUUAGAUUUGCUCUGAUUGUUGCGUGAAAUGUCAAUAAAAAUAAAUAGAAAUAUGACAAUUUAA